AGCAAGUCAUCCAUAACUCCUGUGGUUCAGUUCAGAGUCAGUUGUCUGAGGCUGGGAAACACAACAACUCAACAUGGACGGCGCUGCUUUGCGACAGUCAUGCAUCUGUCUUAUUGUCUCUGUUUGGAUCCAUGUCGUUACUGAAAGUCCAAUAGGUAGCACCACCAUAAACUGUGGUUCAGCGAAUGUGGAAGAACUGGGUCCUGUGGAUGAAGGAUAUACAGGUGAUGUGGAGUUGGUGUCCGGUAUCCCAGCUAAUACUAGUGUGAGACUGGAGCUUGACAUUUAUCCUGAGCAUCUUCAGUUUCUGGAGUUGAACUUCACACCAGGGGAAACCACAGCGACUGUUCGCACCACAAAGCCGCUCGACGCCGAGGCCAAUAUAUUCUUUACACCUGUCAGAGUUUUGCACUACAGUUUAGUGUGUAAUAAUAAUUUGACGUACAAAAACUCCCGCAGGCUGAUAAUCAAUGAUAUCAAUGAUAACAGUCCAGUAUUUGAGGAGAAGUUUUAUUCUCAAACUGUUUCAGAGAGUCAGGUUGUGAACACGGAGGUUCUGCGAGUGAGAGCUGUUGAUGCAGACAGCACACCUGGAUUCAGCCUCCUGACAUACACCUAUUCACCUGAAACAGCAGACUUUUCCUUAGCAAACUCCGGGGCGUUUACCUUAAUGAGACCUCUGAACUACAGCGUAAUACCAAAGUACAAUUUUAUUGUCACUGCCAGGGACAGUGGUGGAAACAAUGACACAACCUCAGUUGAGAUCAUUGUAGACAUUGAUGACUUAAAUCCCUUUUUCAGCCACAGUCUCUAUCAGGCUGUUAUUCCAGAGGACCAGGACGGGGUUCUUGGUGAAAUAAAACCAGAACCAAUAAAGGCCCAAGAUGGAGACACUGGAAUCAACAUGACGAUAACAUACAGCAUCAGUUCAGUCUCUCCUGAUGAUUACCAAGCAAACUUCAACAUCGACUCCAACACCGGAGCUCUGUCUGUGGUGACGUCGUUUGACAGGGAGGAAUUGGACAACAGUGAAAUCUCUGUCAACAUCAAGGCGGCCCAGACAGACGACCCUCUGAAGACCGCUGAUGCUGUCGUGUCCGUCACGGUGGAAGAUGUGAACGACAACGCUCCAGAGUUUGAUCAGUCGAGCUACAACGUCUCCCUUCUGGUGAACUCCCUCGCUAACACCAUCACUGAUUUGGACAAGAACAUCACCGUGAUCAGAGUGGGCAUCACAGACGACGACAACGACAACAAACCCGAGUUCAGUUCCAGCAGCUAUGAAACCAGCACCGAGGUGAAAGACGCAGCGAAGGGGAAGGUGGUGCUGACGCUGAGAGCCACCGACAAAGACAUCGGAAACAACUCGCUUAUCACCUACAGUUUUUCGGAAGGACAUUCGCCACAUUUGGCCUUAGACAGCGAAACAGGAGAAGUGACGCUGACCUCUGACCUUGCUGAUGUAACAGAAGACACAACACUGGUUCUGACAGCCGAGGCCACAGAUCAUGGCAAACCUCCGCUCAGCGCCACAGUUCUUGUGGUGGUGAACAUCAGGAUCAGCAGUUCUGAAGGCGUGGCGUUCCUGAACUCCUCCUACAACUUCAGCCUGAAAGAGAACGAGAAUUCGGGGGUCACUGUGGGGCAGGUCCACGCCUCUGCAGGAAGCGACCUGUACGAGGUUUCCUAUGGACUGAGAACACACGAAGACCUGUUCUCCAUCGACAGCAGUGGUACCAUCUUUUCCACAAAAGAGCUGGACAAGGAGGAGCAGGAGUGGUACAUCCUGGAUGUGGAGGCUGUGGACACGCGGACGCCUCCCACAUCAGCAGUGGCGCUGGUCAGAAUUCAGGUGGAGGACGUAAACGAGCCUCCAGAGUUCUCCUCGGAUAAUUAUGAAGCCUCUGUGGUCAGCAUCGCCGAGUACAAAACCCCAGUCAUCCAAGUGAAGGCCUCGGACCCUGAUGUUGGAGACAACAGUGAUCCGGUCUACAGUCUGCCAGCAGGAAACUCCUUCUUUGAAGUGGAGCCGGCUUCAGGUCAGCUGUAUGUGGUGUCAGCAGCAGAUCUGGGUGGAAUAAACAUCACAAUGAAGGUGAAGGCCACAGAUCCCCAUGGACUUUCUGCUACAACCACAGUAAAGGUUGUGGUUCGGGGCGACGUGACGACCAUCUCUCUGAAUAAGCCGGCUAACAUUGUGGAGGAGAAGAUUCCAGAGCUGGAAGAGGCUUUAGGUAAAACUCUGAUCUGGACGGUGAACAUAACCCAGGUGUGGAUCUCUGGUGGAGGAGAAAGUCGAAUGCUGAGGGCAUCGGUCAAGACUCUGGUCAGCUUCGUUGCUUUUGAUGGCGAUGAAGUUGUUGAACCUCAGGAAGUCGCAAAGAAACUGCAGAGUGAGUCUGAAGAGGUGAGAGCGGAGCUGGCCAAGGUGUUGGGAGACGAUGUUCGAUUUGAAAUAGAAAUGGGAAAAGACCCUCCAGGCUCCAUAACAGGCCCAACUGUAGUCAUCGUUCUGGGGGUUUUGCUUGGCCUGGCUUUAGUGGGACUGAUUCUGACUGUUUCUGUAUUUACAAGGAAAAUCAAACCAAACAGAGGACGGAGAAAUUCCAAGGAAAAUUGGGUAGAGAUGUGAACAAAUCCAUGUUUGGGUUUGCUGCCUGAUGAUGACGGUUCAUCAAACCAAGCCUGGAGGAUCUUGGACUCAGUACCACCUUUAUGCACCAGAAUAAUAAUCUUAGACUAUUUUAUUUAUUUGACCUCUGUGACUUUAAAAUAUCCUUCAAGCACAUCAGAGUUUGUCUCUAGUUAAAUGUCAGAGUGAAGAUUUGCCAACAUGAAUGGGAUCCCAUUUCUAGAUUAAUGUUUGUACAAAUCUACUUAAUGAAAGUGUUUUAUUAGAAAUGUUAUGAAAGCAAAUCACAGGAAUCUCUACAAGCCUCCCUUACAAUCAUUGUUGAAACAACAAUGAUUAGGAACAAAUCAAGAUAUGGCAUCAUUUCAGGCUUUUAUAAUGUGCUGAUUUCUAACUCACCAGAUAAUUCACAUAAUAAAUUAAACAAUAAUUUAACAAUAAUAACAAUAAUCAAUAAUCUGCUGUUACACGAUGAGAAUGUUAUGCUGUUUUUUGUCUUGGAGUCUUUUAUAAAGGCUAUGAGACUGACUGCUCUAUGACCUUGUAUGAUAUUUUAUAUUAUGUAGGGAACUUUGAACUGCCUUGUUGCUGAAAUGUCCUGAACAAAUAAAAUUGAUUGAUUAAAAUCAAUACAUUUUGGAAGGAGGUGAGAGAUACUGAAAAAAUUCUGUCAAAGUAAAUUUCACUGGAUCCUAAAUUGUUCCUAUUAGCUUUAAACUAUGAGAAGCAUAAUUUCAGUAAAACUCUGAAGCCUUUUCACCAGGAAAAAAAAGUGCUUAGCUUUCGCUUGUAAAAAAUUAAAUAGCCCUAGUGCCACCCAGUGGUUAAAUUAGAUAUUGUCCAAUUUACCACUGGAAAGAAUAGUAUACAGUAGGAAAUAAAACAGUAUAUUUUUGAGCCCCUUUCAUUAAUUUAUUAAUGUCAGAGGGCUUGUUGGAUUCUUGACAUGUUUGAACCUGCUUGAUGUUUGAUGAUGCUCCGUUACCCUGUUGUUUAAGAAGUUUUUAUUCAUGUUUUUUUACUUUUUAUUUUGUUUUUAUAUCUCUGACUUGAGAGAGAAUUAUUACUAUCAUGUAGUAAUUAUAAAAAUAUAAAAGCUUAGAUUGGUACAUGAUUGUAUUGGUAUAAAAAAAUAAUCUUAUAUUUAUAGAAGUUCAACUUUGGUCUCAGUCUGUCUUUAAAAUGGAGAUAAAAGUUCUGAGCUUUGAUUCAAACGAGGAUAUUUACUCAUUUAUAUUUACUCAUGUUUGGAGACAGAAAGAAAUGUAAUAUUUUUUAUAAAGUUUGCUGCUUCAGUUUUGAGAUCGUUGUCACAUUAUUCUAUGGUGUUAAUAAGUUCAGUAAAUCACAUUUUAUGGCUUUCUAAGACUUUUACAAAGGAUCAGGUUCGUGUAUGGAUUUAUGCUAAAGAAUAGAAAACUAAUGUUGGAAACAGAUGUUUGUAGAUAUUUUGACAUUUUUUGAGAAAAAUUAGAAAAAAAUCAAUUAAUUUAAACUGGGGAACAACAAACUGUAAUUUAAGUCAUUUUUAAUGUUAAAUUGUGAUUAUUUCUUACUUUAUAACUUCAGUUUCAUUGUCAAUGCCUCCACUGAUCUUUCAAAAUGUUGAUGCAAAUUUUACCUGCUGCAGAAGCCGACUGAUAUUUUCUCCAUCCCUCUUCUGGGCUGGUGUUUCUGUUGUUGUGUAAAAUAUGAACAAAUAAAUUAAAGUAUUCCUGAGAACUGUC